CUGGCUUCAUGUCCUGGCCACCGUAGUUUAAAAGGAGGCCAUAGCAGCCAGCCACCAGUACUGGACCUGCUGCACAAGUGGGAUCUAGCUCGUCUGCUCAAACAUGACCUUUCGCAAAGCAUAUUGUUAGCAUUGGGAAUGCUGAAAAAUGGCAUGAUUUCAUUGCAGAUAAAUGUAUGGCUUCAGAUCCCCCAAAAGAGAGAAUGCUGUCCGUGAUGAGACUGUGCCUGAGUGUACUGUGCAGAACAACAGCUCUGUAAGAAAUGGCAACCUGAAAACGUCUAGAGAAAAACGGAAGGUCCGAGAACAGUGUGAAAACAUAAGGAGAAAUUCUUCCAGGAGCAGAAGAGUGAGCCAGCUGCAGAAUGGAGAAGUGGUCGAGGCAGUUACUUUGUUUGAAGUGGUUAGCAUGGGGAGGCAGGCCAUGCAGUCUGUGGUAGACGAUUGGGUUGAAGCUUACAAACAAGACAGGAAUGUGGCACUUCUAGAUCUGAUCAACUUCUUCAUUCAGUGCUCAGGCUGCCAAGGUCUGGUAACAGCAGAGAUGUUUCAAAAUUCACAAAAACGAGAUGCAAACAAAAUUCAUUCAGACAAGAUGGAUGUCAUGCAAAAAAUGACAGAAACCUUUGAUGAGGAAACUGGAUUGCAGUACAAGAAAUUCAUUGCCUAUCCUUGGAUCCUAACAGUUACUUGGCCAGUGGAUGUGAGCGAUGAAGACUAUCCUGUGAUCAGAGCAGGACCCUACUGGAAGAAGUUCAAGGCCAAUUUCUGUGAAUUCAUUGCAGUACUUGUUCAACAGUGCCAGUGCAGCAUCCUGUAUGACAGCUACUUGAUGGAUACUAUCAUCUCACUGCUUACAGGCUUAGCAGACUCUGUGAUCAGAGCAUUUAGACACACGAGCACUUUGGCAGCAAUGAAACUUCUGACAGCAGUUAUAAGCGUGCAUCUGAACCUUGAUGUCAACAAGCACAAUGCUCAGCGGUUAUAUGAGGUGGAAAAGAACAGGAUGAGUGGCAAGAAGACCAAUUACAGACUUGACCAGCUAGAGAGAAAAAGGAAAGAGUAUGAUCAGAAGCUUGUGGAGAUACAGAACAUGAUGCACGCUAUUUUCAAGGGGACGUUCCUAAGUCGCUACCGUGAUGUGGUCCCUGAGAUACGAGCUACUUGCAUUGAAGAAAUUGGCAACUGGAUUAAAACAUACCCAGAUGUUUUUUUAAAUGAUAGCUACUUAAAAUACAUUGGAUGGAUGCUGUAUGAUAAGCAAGCUGAAGUGCGGUUGAAGUGUCUUUUGGGACUGCAGGGAAUUUACAGCAGAAAAGAACUUGUUUCCAAGAUGGAUCUCUUUACUAGCAGAUUCAAGGAUCGAAUUGUGUCCAUGCCUCUGGACAAGGACCAUGAAGUAGCAGUUCAAGCCAUGAAACUCUUGAUGCUUAUGUCACAGAACUGUGAGGACGUGUUAUCAGAUGCAGACUGUGAGACCUUAUACCAGUUUGUUUAUACCACACACCGUCCACUUGCAGUAGCAGCUGGGGAAUUCCUGUAUAAAAGGCUGCUUAGUCAUGAGGGAGGUGAAGAAGUUUUGUGCAAAGGAGAAAAGAAGGUUGGAGCAAAGACUGACCAGCUGAAAAGAUUAAUACGUUUUUUCCUGGAGAGUGAGCUACACAAACAUGUUGCAUACCUCAUAGACAGCUUGUGGGACUGGGCAGGCAAAUUCCUGAAGGACUGGGAAUGCAUGACCACUCUUCUGUUAAAAGAUGGUGAAGGAGAUGGAAAAGUGCUGAAUGAUGCUCAGGAAAGUGUUCUCAUCGAAAUUAUCCUCGCAACGGUUAGAGAAGCAGCUGAAGGUCAUCCUCCAGUGGGCAGAGGUGCAGCCAAAAAAAUUCUGUCAGUAAAAGAGAAGAAAAUACAAUCAGAAGAUUGUACCAAAAUUACUGAACAUUUUAUUAUGGUGCUUCCUCAGCUCUUGGCAAAGUAUUCAACAGAUGCACAAAAAGUGGCAAAUCUUCUGCAGAUUCCACAGUAUUACGAUCUAGAUGUUUACAGCACAGGACAUCUAGAGAAGCAUUUGGAUGCUUUGCUGAGUGAGAUAAAAGGCAUUGUGGCCAAACACUCUGACUUGUCUGUCCUCGAGGCUUCCUCCAGGACUUACUAUAUCCUCUGCAGUGAAAAAAUGGCUAUCUACAGCAAGGUGGAUUGUGCCCGCACUCAGCUGAUAGAUGAGUUGAUGGGACAGCUUAACCAGCUACUAGAUGGCUUCUGGCAGAAGGAAGAAGGAUUUUGUACGGAUGCAGGAGAAAUUUCCCAGAUGCACUCUGCUUUGAGAAGAAUAGCAGCUUUUCAUAAUGCCCAUGAUCUCACCAAGUGGAAUUUGUACGACAAGACUUUGAAGUUACUGCAGUUUGAAAUGGAACAUGGGAGUUUGUCUGUUCUGGUGAUCCUGCCAGCUUUCCAGUGCACAUAUUUUUCUCUCCUGUGGCAACUAGCUGCAGCUGCAGAAAAUUCUGCUAAGAAGGCUCUUUUGGCAUUAAGAAGAGAGCUGAGGCGUUUCAGUGAGAUUUGCAUGUGCUUCCUUCACCAUAAGGAAAAAGAUGUAAGAGAAAAGGCCUUCAUGAUUCUCUGUGACUGGCUGCUGAUUUUGAGCCAUCAAGAUUCAAAUAAUAAUGAAGAAGCAGUAGGACUUCUAGAUUACCUUCCCAGCACUUCACUUCAGGAAAAACUGCUUUUCUUUAUUCAGGAACAUGUUUUUGUGGAGGAAGAAGAGGGAAGCAAAGGCCUGACAGAAGAGGAGGAGAGGAAGGACGAAAGCUGCAAGCUUGACAACUUGCACAAAAAGCGAAGUCUUCUUGCGGCAUAUUGCAAGCUAAUAGUGUAUAAUGUGGUGGAGAUGACUGCAGCUGCUGAGAUCUAUAAGCAUUAUGUGAAGACCUACAGUGAUUUUGGAGACAUAAUUAAAGAAACCUUAAGCAGGACAAGGCAUAGUAACAAAAUUCAGAGUGCCAAAACACUGAUUCUCUGUCUGCAGCAGCUGUUUCAAACACAUGCAGCAAGCCAAGACAGCAGUACUGGUGUGGACUUGUCUUCUGCUUCCUUCACAAAUAUGAAAGAACUUGCACGGCGAUUUUCACUAACGUUUGGCUGGGACCAGCUGAAAUCUAGAGAGUCUGUUGCCAUGAUCCACAAGGAGGGGAUUGAAUUUGCCUUUCAAGGAGCUACUGGAACAGAUGGGAAAUGCUUGCCUCCUAACUUAAGCUUUCUGUUAAUCAUCAGUGAAUUUUCCAAUAAGCUGCUAAAGCCUGACAAAAGAGUAGUGUAUGACUACUUACAGAGGUAUGUAGCAGAACCACUGCCUUGCAGCCAAGACAAAUGGCAGCCAUUGCUUUUAUACAGAAACUCUCUGUUGGCAAAUGAAGAUGAGGAGAGCUCCGUCCUUGGCAGCUCAGGAGAAUGGCCUCCCAUGGGCACAUCCAAGGCAUUGUCUUUUAAAAGGAAAUUAUCUAACGGGUCUUUGCCUGAAACCAACCAUACUGAAGCAGUGAGCCAAGAAGCAGCCUUAGAGCAUGCUUCCCAGCUUAGCUCUGCAGCAGGGAGAAGCAGAAAGAGGCUGAGAUCUCAAGAGAAGCACUUGAAGGAACGUUUGCCACUGCGUUGUCCAGGAGGGCUGCAGAGGAGAUGCAGCAAAGAUGAGAUUGAGGCAGAAGAUGUCUCAGUGGAGGGACAGGUGGAAGACACAAGUGAAGAUGUUGAUGUUGAUGUGGUUGGUACAGAACAGGACAAUUAACACACUGAGAAGAUGAAGAGAAAUGAUGAACACAGUACUGUUUCUUUCUUUGAAUUGUAAAACUAAACAGUGUGGUUGCAAUGGCAUCAAGCAAGGCAGCAGGAGAUGUGUGUCAGGUCAAGUCCCCCCCUGUAGGCACCCACCCUGUGCCAGUUUCUAGCAGCGUGGUUGAAUUCUCUGCACUGCUGGUUAUGGGGAUUCCUGGUGUGAUGGGUGGUGUGCUCCAAGGGGGGAGAGCUGUGAACAUCAUUACUCAACUUCAUCCUCGACUUCUAUGUGGUCUUGGAAGAAAUUCCAACCCAAGUAUUGGAAUCAGGGUACUGACAUACUCUGACUUGAAGGCUCUGCCCAGGCUCUGAUUUGAGCAAGCAUGUCUCACCUAUUUAUUGUUCUGCUGGAUGCACUCCUUACUUUCUGGGGUGCCCAGGAUGGAUGGAGAUGGGUGUAGAUC